CACCCCUUGAGCCGUGACGUAUCACGUGACAAACCAUUCUUCCGGUACAACAAGGAAGAGUGGAAUCGGAGAGAUGUGAUAUCGCUAACUUGCAAAUAAUGUAGCUAUUGUUUCGUUGUGUAUCUAUAUUAAUAUAUUUGGCCUCUUACAAUGUCAGAAUCACCAGAUACACGCAGUUUGGUUUCUGCGUCAUCCCAGCUCAAUUUAAUGGAAAUAGAUACGAUCGACGACAAAGAGUUUGACAUUCCCCAAGUUGACACCCCGCCUACCUUGGAGAGCAUCCUGAAUGAGCCUGAGGAUGAGGAGGAGCCCUUCAUCCUGGAGGACACGUGUCUGCUGAACACAGAGAACAUCGCGCCUCCUGUGAGACCUCCUCACUGGCCAGCUCCGACAGCGGGGCCGCACACCUCAAACG